GUCCGCAUGAUGAAACGAAAGUCAAAACCAAAAGAUUCAUUUUACGAAAGGAAUUAGUUUGUUUUGAGACGUCGUGCGUGUUGGUUAUAACGAAUUUUUGAUCGCGAAAACAAAAUAAAAUAUAAAAUACACAAUAAAAAUUCAAUCGAAUUAAAUUUAUUUAAAAAAAAUAAAAUAAUAAUAAAAAUAGAUAAUUAAUUUUUAAUACGAUAAAAAAGGUGUUUUUAAGUGAAAAUUUCAACCAAAAUUUUGAAAAAAAAAGAAAAGAAAAAAUUAAGUGAAUGUGAAUUCAAAAGUGAGACAAAAGAAUUAUUUUAUUCCGCUCUAAAAUUUUACCGGGCACGCCACAUCCUUAGGAAUAAGCAACAACAACACAAAUAAAAACAACAACAACAUCACAACAAUAAUUGGAUUAAAUUAAUAAAUUUCAAAGGAUCUAAAUAAAAAAUCAAAAACAGGAUUUACCAAUUCCCAAAGGAUAUCAUUUUAAACCCAGUUGCAGCAGUUAUUCGAUAUAAUUGUCUCUUAUUAUAAAAAGACAACUUUAUAGAGACAGACCUACCUACACUCUGGAUUCUUGGAAUAUUAAUAUUUAAAAAAGACAUGGAUGCAACGUAGUUAGUGCAUUAACAUCGAAAAUAUUCUUUCCUAGAAACAUCCUACAAGAUGUUUAGUAGUUGAUGCUGCCCAGCUGUACAUCAUCAUCAUCAAUAAUUUUAUCAUCAAAGCAAAGAGACUCUAAAGACUUCUUCGGGUCGGUCAAGUGCACAAUAGGCUUGACGUAUUGAAUCAUUUUCUCUUUGAAAAAAAACAACCCUCAAGACUGAGACUCCCUGUGUCUGGUCUGAACUGUCAUCAGCAGCAACUACAAAAACAACAACAAAAAGGCUAGAGAAGAAGUUUAAAGAGAAGGAAAUAGAGCACAACGCACCAUCAUCGCAGUCCGCCUCCGUCAGUCCACAAGUCCGUCAGCGUCAGCCAUCAGAAUCACUCUUCAAUCAACAAGCAAACAAACGCGCGGCAUGGCGUGUACUAGUACGAGUAUCUCGGAUUCGGAUCGGUGUAUCUUCUGCUAGACGAGCGACGAUAUUUUUAUAUUUGCGCAGCAUAAUCGCAGUGAAUUUAUUCAAUGAAAAGCAAAUACGAAUAAAAACUACAUUAAUCCGAUUGAGAAAUUCAAAUUAAAGUGUGAAGUGCUGUUUGAUUUGUUUUUUCGUUUUUUUUUGCUUUUUGGGUUCGUUUGUUUUGUUUUUUUGGUGAGGACGUGAGGAGUGAGUUCAGCGCGAGUAAAAAGUAAAUGGUGCGCAUAUAAAACCGAGGGAUAAAUAAAAAAGGUGUACCAGCUGCCGGAACGUGUCGCGUUGUUGGUCGUGUUUUAACACCAAGUAGUGUCCCACAUUUUAAAGUAUUUUAUCGUAGCAUCGGUCGUCCGUCAUUGUGUUAUCAAAAUCGAAUUGAAAAUUGUAGAUCGCCGGUCUUGUCGUCACCAUCCGUCAUCUGUGGUGUGCCCGGUGCCGGUUCGGUUGGAGUGAAGGCAGGGAAGCUUGAAGAACAAUACAGCUUGUCUGUCCUCUUGUUUUUACAGAAAAAAAAUCUCUCGAACGAGCCUAUUGUGAUUGUUUGGCGAUCCGCGAUAGCACGCGCAAAAAAAUCGCUGAAUUAAAACGCGCAAAAAAGGGGUGUAAUUUGUGAAGGUGAAUGUACCCCGUUGUUAUUGGUGCUGCCACUGCCAUACGUCGCGUCAUUUCCAUCUCAUUUUCGUGCCGUCGAUCAACUAGUUUCGAUUUUUUGCAAAUUAUUCUUAUUCAACAAUCUGAGUUCUGAAAUUGAAGAGCUUUUGGGUUGCAGUUGCACAAACGAGACAAUAAAAAACAACCCUUUUAAUUUUAGUGAAAAGUGAAGUGAGUUGUGUUUUUUUUUUCAUUUGUUAAUAUUUGUUUCUACUUUUUAUUAUAAAACUCGUAAAUGUUAAUGCAGUUGUUGUUGCAUUUGUCGGUAUUGUCGCUCAAAUCGACGACGGUGAAUAUUUUGUUUUUAUGAGUGAAUGAGUGCGGGGCAUAAAAUAAAAUAUAUAAAUAGGUAGUAAUGUCGCUAACAAUAACAGCUACGACAUCAGCAACCCUUAAGAAGAAGAAUAGGGUUCAGCUAAGGCAUCAUCAUAGAGCGAAAGCAUCAUCGAGGAGGAUAUUGAAAAGAAUUCAGUUAUUACUAUGGUCCAGCGUAGCAUUGUUGCAUGUUAUUUGUGGUUCAGCAACGAAUGCAUUAUUUACGGGUGCUGCAGCUGAGCCCUAUGGGGGUGGCAUCACCAGUGUUGGGAUUCAUAUACCCGGCGGUGGGGUUGGCAUCCUCAGUGAGACAAGAUGUCCGCGGGUUUGUUCGUGUAAUGGAUUAACUGUCGAUUGUUCGCAUCGUGGAUUGACACAAGUUCCACGGAAGAUUUCUGCCGAUGUUGAAAGAUUAGAUCUCCAAGGAAAUAAUAUCACAGUGAUAUUUGAAUCAGAUUUCCAGCACUUGACCAAACUGCGAAUAUUACAACUAACUGACAAUCAAAUCCACACGAUAGAGAAGGAUGCCUUCCAGGAUCUUAUCUCACUCGAGAGGCUACGCCUAAACAACAAUCGGCUUAAGGCAAUUCCUGAAAACUUUGUGACAAGUUCAGCUAGUCUUUUGCGAUUGGACAUCUCACACAAUGGCAUUACGACGAUUCCAAGGAAAGCCUUCAAAGGUGCUCAAUCGAUGCGAAGCCUCCAAAUGGACAACAAUCAAAUUAUGUGCAUGGACGAGCAGGCGUUCAAGGGUCUUGUUGACUUGGAGAUAUUAACUUUAAACAACAACAAUUUGACGAUGCUGCCGCACAAUGUCUUCACCGGAUUGGGGAGAUUACGAGCCCUAAGGCUAUCUGACAAUCCGUUUUCGUGCGAUUGCCAUUUAUCUUGGCUGUCGAGAUUCUUACGCAGUGCUCCACGACUGGCACCAUAUACAAAAUGCCAUUCGCCAAGUCAGUUGAAGGGCCAAAACGUGGCAGAUCUGCACGAUCAGGACUUUAAAUGCUCAGGAUUGACAGAGAACGCCCCAAUGGAGUGCGGAGCAGCAAGCAGUUGUCCACACCCAUGUAGGUGUGCUGAUGGCGUUGUAAAUUGCCGAGAGAAAAGCCUCACGAAUGUGCCCAACUCCCUGCCCGAUGACACCACUGAACUUCGAUUGGAGCAGAAUUACAUCACCGAACUUCCUCCGAAGGCAUUUGCGAAUUUCCGUAGACUAAGGCGGAUCGACCUAUCGAACAAUAACAUCUCCCGCAUUGCACACGAUGCCCUGAGUGGUCUCAAGGCUUUAACAACUCUGGUUUUAUAUGGCAACAAGAUAAAAGACUUACCCUCGGGAGUGUUUAAGGGCCUAUCAUCGCUGCAGCUACUUCUGCUUAAUGCCAACGAGAUAUCGUGUAUACGAAAGGAUGCAUUCAAGGAUCUGCACAGUUUAACGCUGCUCUCCCUGUAUGAUAACAAUAUCCAGUCGCUAGCAAAUGGAACUUUCGAUUCAAUAAAGAACAUCAAGACUCUUCACCUCGCAAGGAAUCCAUUCAUAUGUGAUUGCAACUUAAGAUGGCUUGCCGAUUACCUGCAUAAGAAUCCCAUCGAGACGAGCGGAGCCAAGUGCGAUGCACCGAAGCGAAUGCAACGCAGACGAAUCGAAUCGCUCCGAGAUGAAAAAUUCAAAUGUUCCACAGAUGAACUUCGAACGAAAAUGACCAAUGAAUGUCGCAUGGACACCGAGUGUCCGUCGACGUGUCAUUGCGAUGGAACAACAGUUGAUUGCUCUGCACGUGGUCUUAAAGAAAUUCCUCGAGACAUUCCUCUCUAUACAACCGAGCUUUUACUCAACGACAACGAAUUAGGACGAAUCAAGUCAGACGGACUAUUUGGACGUUUGCCAAAUUUGGUUAAACUCGAUUUGAAACGCAAUCAAAUUACCGGAAUCGAACCGAAUGCAUUCGAAGGAGCUUCAAAAAUUCAAGACCUGCAACUGGGAGAGAAUAAAAUUAAAGAGGUCCAUAACAAAAUGUUCCUCGGUCUUCAUUAUCUCAAAACAUUGUCACUCUAUGACAACAUGAUUUCCUGCGUGAUGCCUGGCUCAUUUGACUUUUUGACAUCUCUGCAUUCACUGAACCUAGCAUCGAAUCCGUUCAAUUGCAAUUGUCAUUUGGCUUGGUUCUCAGACUGGUUGCGUAAAAAAGGACUGAUUGGUGGUGCAGCUAGAUGUGCAUCGCCAUCCAAGGUACGUGACGUUCAAAUCAAGGAUCUGCCCCACAAUGAAUUCAAAUGCACACCGGACAACAAUGAGGGUUGCCUUGGCGAUGGUUAUUGUCCGCCUUCGUGUACGUGCACUGGCACUGUCGUACGUUGCUCAAGGAAUAAAUUGAAUGAGAUCCCAAAAGGAAUACCACCCGAAACAUCUGAAUUGUAUUUGGAAUCGAAUGAUAUAACAAUGAUUCAUAUGGACCGCAUUGCUCAUCUAAAAUCAUUGACUAGACUAGAUCUGAGCAAUAAUCAAAUUACAAUUCUAUCCAACUAUACUUUUGCUAAUCUCACGAAGCUGUCAACUCUGAUAAUCUCUUACAAUAAACUGCAGUGUCUACAGAGACAUGCCUUAACUGGGUUGCAUAACCUACGGGUACUAUCCUUGCAUGGUAAUCAAAUAUCGAUGCUUCCGGAAGGCUCCUUUGAAGACCUCAAAACCAUAACGCAUAUAGCUCUAGGUAGUAAUCCCUUGUAUUGUGACUGCUCACUGAAGUGGUUCUCAGAUUGGAUAAAGUUGGAUUACGUUGAGCCCGGUAUUGCACGAUGCGCUGAGCCAGAAUCGAUGAAGGACAAAUUGAUCCUAUCGACACCGUCGCAACAUUUCGCCUGCAAGGAGAAAAUCAGCAAUGAGAUCCUUUCAAAAUGCGAUGCGUGCUAUACGAUGCCAUGCCAAAAUAAGGGCGAAUGCAAUCCACUGCCGCAACGUGAUUAUCAAUGCCGUUGCCAACCCGGUUACCAUGGACGACACUGUGAAUUCAUGAUUGAUGCUUGUUAUGGUAAUCCAUGUCGAAACAAUGCGACAUGCACCGUUCUGGAGGAGGGUCGUUUCAGUUGCCAAUGUUCGCCGGGUUACACUGGUGUCAGAUGUGAGACUAAUAUUGACGAUUGCGCUGGCAACAAGUGCCACAAUAAUGCCACAUGUAUCGAUGGAGUAGAAUCUUAUACGUGCAACUGUCAGCCCGGAUUUAAUGGUGAAUAUUGCGAUUCAAAAAUUAACUUUUGUUCACCGGAAUUCAAUCCUUGUGCAAACGAAGCCAAAUGCGUGGACCAUUUCACUCACUACACUUGCGAGUGCAUGCCGGGCUUCCAUGGUGUCAAUUGCACAGAUAACAUCGACGAUUGCCAAAAUCACAUUUGCCAAAAUGGUGGGACUUGUGUAGACGGCAUAAAUGAUUACGUAUGCAAGUGCCCCGAGGAGUACACGGGUAAAUAUUGCGAAGGCACACCAAUGGUUGCCAUGAUGUAUCCCCAAACAUCACCAUGCCAAAAUCACGAAUGCAAGCACGGUGUAUGCUUCCAGCCGAAUCCCUCCGGUUCGGAUUACCUUUGCAAAUGUCAUCCUGGCUAUUCAGGGAAAUGGUGCGAGUAUCUGACCAGCAUCAGUUUCGUUCAUAACAAUUCGUUUGCCGAAAUGGAACCGUUGCGUACGAAGCCCGAAGCCAAUGUUACCAUAGUGUUUAGCAGUACACAACAAAAUGGAAUUCUGAUGUACGAUGGCGAGAGUGAGCAUUUGGCCGUGGAAUUGUUCAAUGGGCGUAUACGGGUUAGCUACGAUGUGGGUAAUUAUCCAGUAUCUACGAUGUAUAGUUUCGAGAUGGUUGCUGAUGGGAAGUAUCAUAUGGUUGAGCUGUUGGCCAUCAAGAAGAAUUUUACUUUGCGUGUGGAUCGGGGGUUGGCACGUUCAAUUAUCAAUGAAGGUUCAAAGGACUAUUUGAAACUAUCGACCCCAUUGUUUUUGGGUGGCCUUCCGGCCGAGCCCGGCCAACAGGCAUAUAAAAACUGGCACUUGAGGAAUUUGACCAGCUUUAAAGGUUGCAUGAAGGAGGUAUGGAUAAAUCAUAAGUUAGUUGAUUUCGGAAAUGCAGCUAGGCAGCAAAAAAUCACACCCGGAUGUGGUUUGCUAGAGGGUGACAAUUUAGACGAUGACGAUGAGGAGUCAUAUUUUAUGCAUGAAACACCCCAUACAUACAAAGAGGUUGAUCCAUGUGAAAAUCACAAGUGCAGAAGAGGUGGUAGAUGUAUCGAGAGUAGCAGUUCGAAAGAGGGUUACAUCUGCAAGUGCAAGCAAGGCACUAAAGGCAGAUAUUGCGAUCAAGGUGAGGGCAUCACAGAGCCCCCUGCAGUCACUGCAGCCUCUACUUGUCGAAAAGAACAAGUACGUGAAUACUACACUGAGAAUGACUGUAGAUCACGGCAGCCACUUAAAUACGCUAAAUGUGUGGGCGGUUGCGGUAAUCAAUGCUGUGCUGCCAAAGUCGUAAGACGACGAAAGGUUCGCAUGGUAUGCAGCAAUAACUUAAAAUACGUUAAAAAUCUAGAUAUCGUGCGUAAAUGCGGAUGUACAAAGAAAUGCUACUGACUGAAAGAUGCGACUACCCAAUUAUUAAAUAAUAGAAGCUUAGAUGUAAAUUUAGAACAAGAUACCCAAUUAAGUAGUAGUACUAGUAGUAAUAGUUAUGAUAGUAAUUUAAAAAUAAAUAUAAAUAUUAAUUAUUUUAAUAAGGACGAGGAUAAUAAGGAUAGUGAGAGUACUGAUGAGAAAAGUGAUACAAGUAGGCCACCAAUAGAGGGCGAUAGUAAUGAAAAGAUGCUAGAAGAAGGUUGGGCACAAACCACCGACAGUUAUGCCGACGGAGACGAAAGAAUGCAAUCAAAUCCAAGUACGGACUUUUAUGAUGACAAUGACUAUGAUGACGACGAGAAUGAGGAUGAUGAAGAAGGAGACAUAGAAAGUGAGGACGAUAAAGAGUAUAGUGAGGAAACCGAAACAGAAACAGCUAAGAUGCCUACAGCAGCAAGACGAACUGCCAGAAUCGACGAAGAAGAAGAGGUUGAUUUGGGCUAUGACGAAGAUGACGAGCCACCAAAACGCUUGCCACCUCACGGAGACCAAAAAGACUUCAUGAACGAAGAAGGCAGUGGCCGACGGUACAAACAACAAAGUAGGUUUAGAUUAGACUACCUAGAGAAGUUCAAGAGAAAGCAACAGAAGGCCUACAGAGUCGAUGAGGCUGACGGCGACGAUGAUGACGAUGACGAGCCUAGACGAGAAGGUAGCGGUAAUUUUGCCAACGACGACGACGAUAACGAAGACGACGACGACGACGAUGGUGGUGGUACAAAUGACGACUUCUUCUCUUCUAGAAAAAAGUCAAACAGUCGCUAUUUCCGGAAGAACACCAACGAUGCUAUCAAAAUCAUAUCAACUCCUCUCGGUAAGGUUGGUAUUGUCUACCAGCAAACUCCUCCGGAACAGCCCAAAAGUGAAGACUCUGCAUCUGGUUCGUCGUUGGGUUCUAGUAAAACACAAUUUACCGACUUUGACGCACUGUCACCAGCAGACCCCAAUACCCAUCGUCGAGCGUCAUUGCAUCCGAAAAUCACACCCGUACUCACAGCCGAUGGCAAGGUUGCCCUGCUUUAUCGUGGAGACUCUGAAAACACAAAAUACGAACCUAUUCUCAAUCUAACACAUAAGUUUAAUCUCUAUGACAAUAAGACAAGUGCUGCUACUAUUGCUCCAAGCAAUAGUGAAGAUGAAAAGGACGAAGAUGAAGAUCGAAGCAAUCAGGACUCUGGUGGUGAGGUCGAUGCCAGCUUGGAUGGUGAAGAAGAGGAUAGUUCGGAUGAAAACUCUGUCACCGAACAAGCCGCAUCCACGCCACCACCCGUUCUCGAUGUAGAUCGCUCCAAUUCGGUGCUACCGAUGAUAAAUCGACCACUGUCCGAAGUGCUCGGCAUCAAAAAGAAUCAAUUCAGACAGUUUCGAGUCAAAGACUCGCCCACAACCACAUCGACAGAACCACCAUUCGGUUUGCAUUUCCUCACGAAAAAAGUCAACCUGGCUAACUAUCCAUCGAAAUCACGAAAUCGUGACUUUGACUUCAGUCAAGACACAACUAUGUUGGACGAGCGCAAGCGAAGUCACAACCAACCUCAAUAUCCUGCAGCUAGUGAGUCGCAAAGUGACAAUAAUGCCCCAGAUCACACUGAUGCGUCCUCCAUUGCCACUCAAGAUAUCCUCUCAAAGACCGAAGUGGUCAAUCUAGCAAUCAUUCCACACUUCGACGAGGAAUUCGAGAGGCAACAGCGAUUCCGCGAUCAUGAGAUCAGGCGUCAUCAUAGACAGCGGCAUCGCCACAAGCACAAUCAGCAAGAUCUUUCCAGUAUUCACUGCAUUAUGCAGGCCACAAUGGGUAUUGCUGCCGUCUCCACUGUCUUUGGCAUGCUUGGUACCUUCUUUAAACAGCGAGUUCUCGAUCAGAUUCGUCUCAUGCAUUGGUAGUAUCACAAGGGUAUUCAACUGUAGCUGCCAUUACAUUGAAUACCCAUUAUUUCUAUAUAAUCUUUAUAGUUUCCGUCAUAACAACAAAAGGAGAACUACCCAGUUGUUUCAACAAAAAGAAA